AUGACUAUCGGCGUAGCCAUCAUCGGAAGCGGAAUCUUCGCCCGGGAAGAACACCUGCCCGGCGUACAAGCCACCGACAACCUCCAUCUCAAAGCCGUAUACUCCCGCUCUCUCAAAUCGGCGCAGUCUCUGGCCCACUCGGGCAAAGAGACGGCUAACACCAUCGACCUUUACGCGGAGGAUGCGGGCUCUGGGAAAGAGUAUGCGGAUUUGCUGGCGAGGGCGGAUAUCGGGGCUGUUAUUAUUGCCCUCCCCAUCCUGGUCCAGCCAGACUUCAUCCGCCAGGCUCUGCAAGCCGGGAAACACGUCCUGUCUGAGAAGCCGAUCGCGAAGGACGUGGCGACUGCAAGGGAAUUAACCCGCUGGUAUGACAGCCAUAUUGACAGCAGUCAGACCAUCUGGGCCGUCGCGGAGAACUUCCGAUAUCAGGGGAAGUACGUGCGUGCCGCGGAGGAGGUGCGCAAGCGGGGCGGGGUGAAGACGUUCCGGGUGUGUGCGCGGAGCAUGAUCACCACGGAUUCGAAGUACUACCUCACCGAAUGGCGCCAAAUCCCAGACUACCAAGGCGGCUUCGUGCUGGACGGCGGGAUCCACGUAGUCGCCGGUCUGCGACUCAUCCUAAGCGGCGCUCGGGACGCAAUGGCGACGCUCUCCGCGCAAGCCUGUCUGCAGCAGGCGCACCUGGCGCCCGUGGAUACCGUAGACGCGGUAGUGAAGACGCGCGGGGGCGCGACGGGCGCGGUGUCGCUGUCGUAUGGGUCACCAUUCCGCGACUCAUUGUUUGAAUUCGCGUGUGUGGAUGGCGGCGUGGUCACGCUGGAUGGGGACCGCGUGACGGUCGAUGGCGAGUCGUACGAGGUGCCGUUCCAGGGCCGGUGCGUGAAGGAGGAGAUUGCGGAGUUUGGGGCCGCUGUGGUGGGCAAGCAGAGCGUGCCGGAGAGGCUGCGGCCGCGGGAGGCGAUGGCGGAUUUGGAGGUUGUUGAGCGGAUGUUGGAGAGUAGUGGGCGGGAUGGGGAGAGGAUGGCUCUCGCAAAGAAGCACGUCCCCAUCGUUAAGAAGCGCACAAAGCGUUUCUGGCGCCACCAGUCCGACCGCUUCAAGUGCGUCCCGGAGUCAUGGCGCAAGCCCAAGGGUAUCGACAACCGCGUCCGUAGACGCUUCAAGUCGAACCUGCCCAUGCCCUCCAUCGGCUACGGCAGCAACAAGAAGACCCGCCACAUGAUGCCCUCGGGUCACAAGGCCUUCCUCGUCCAGAACCCCCGCGACGUCGAGCUGCUCCUCAUGCACAACCGCACCUAUGCUGCUGAGAUCGGCCACGCCGUCUCCUCCCGCAAGCGUGUCGACAUCAUCGCCAAGGCCAAGGCCCUCGGCGUCAAGGUCACCAACCCUAAGGGCCGUGUCACCGUUGAGGCUUAA